AUGUUUAAAAUCCGCCUGUCCGCUGCUGCUCGCCCGCAGUUGCAUUUGCGACAGUUAACAAGGCUCGCUUCCAGCUGCCAGAAGAAUUCGUAUUGCCCUUCACAACCAUCUUUGUUGCAAUCGGUCCGCUCCAUAGCCUCGGGACCGUCAGGAUCUGGUGCUGCUCAGUCACCAUCAUCGUCUUCUGCAGCCCCACCAUCAGCAUCCGGGCAAAAAAGCACCACUACUACUACGACCACCACCACCAGCACCACCACCAACUCGAGUGCCAACGCAUCAAUUGCCAGCAUGGCCGACCAAAAAAAGGAGAUCGCAACCUACCUGCAACAGACCCAUGACCGCGUCUUUGAACACAAUCGGGUCUGGGCCGCCGAGCAGGCCAAGAAGGAUCCGGAAUUUUUCCUCAAACUGACGGCUGGACAGACACCUGAGUACCUCUGGAUUGGGUGCUCGGAUUCUCGCAUCCCUGCCGAGCAGAUCACGGGACUGGGGCCCGGCGAGGCCUUCAUCCACCGCAAUAUCGCCAACCUCGUCUGCAGCAUCGACCUCAACGUCAUGAGCGUUAUCAACUACGCCGUCCAGCACCUGAAGGUCAAGCACAUCGUCGUCUGUGGUCACUACGGCUGCGGCGGUGUCAAGGCUGCCAUGACCCCUCGCGACCUGGGCAUCCUAAACCCCUGGCUGCGCAACAUCCGCGACGUCUACCGUCUGCACGAGGCCGAGCUCGACGCCAUCCCGAAUGAGGAGGCGCGCUACGACAGGCUGGUGGAGCUCAACAUCAUUGAGCAGUGCCGCAACGUCAUCAAGACGGCGGCGGUCCAGCAGUCUUACGAGGCCAACGGCUUCCCCAUCGUGCACGGCUGGGUCUUUGGCUUCCAAGACGGCCGGCUGAAGGAUCUCAAGGUCGAUCACGAGGCCAUUCUCAAGGACGUGCAAAAGAUUUAUAACCUGACGGGAACACCGAGGAUGGGCGGCCCCUGA